AUGAGUUGUGGUCCCCACGCCGGACCAAAGGUGGUUCCCACUCCCGAUGGACAGUGUGAGAAGCAAAGGAUGGGAUCCGGGCUCGAAGAGGGUAUCACCUAUAAUGGAUUCAUAGGUCCUGCACAGACUAAACUAGAGCUGGGCGGUAUGGCCGAGUUCACAUCCAAUGGCAUUCUUAGGCUGACCAAGGCCAACACGCUACAGCAGGGCCAGGGCCAGUGCCUUGCCUUCUACUCUAAUCCGAUUCACUUUCUCAACUCAUCACGCUUUGGCGCCGUUGCUCUCUCCUUCUCUACCACUUUCGUCUUUGAGAUGGUACCCGAGUGCCCCCCGUCUGGUGGUCACGGUAUAGCCUUUUUCAUCGCACCCACAAGAGACUUCCCAUCUGCUGCUUCUCCAAGCCAAUAUCUUGGUCUCUUCAACGCCACCAAUGUUGGCAAUUCCUCCAAUCACAUAUUUGCAGUCGAGCUCGAUACCGUACAAGACAUUGAGUUCGGUGAUAUCGAUGACAACCGCGUUGGUAUCAACAUCAAUGGAUUUGCUUCGGCGUUGUAUUUCGAUGAGGACGGUCGGGCACAGAACCUAAACCUCAAAAGCGGCCACUCCAUGCAAGUCUGGAUUGAUUACGAUGGUAUACACAAGCAGCUCAACGUCACAUUAGCUUCAUUCAAUGUUUCUAAACCGGUUCUUCCCCUCUUGUCUCUGUCUCGAGAUCUUUCUCCGAUCAUGAAGGACCCCAUGUUCGUCGGUCUCUCAUCCUCUACUGGUCAAGUUUCCUCAUCCCACUUUGUGCUGGGAUGGAGCUUCAAGCUAAACCGGCAAGCAGAAGAACUCAAUCUCACCCAACUUCCCAAGCUUCCCAAUCAAGGACCCUACCAUUUUCAACAGAAAACGCCUAUUCUGAUUAUCGUGCUUCCUGUAAUUGUUGCUCCUUUGGUGUUGGCGACAAUCUUUGGUAUCCGGAUUCCUGUGAAAAGAAAGAUAAAAUUUGCACAAGUGCUUGAAGAAUGGGAACACGAUUAUGGGCCUCAUAGGUUUAACUAUAAAGAUCUCUGCGUGGCCACUAAGGGAUUUAAGCAUAAGGAACUGCUAGGUAGUGGUGGCUUUGGUAGGUUGUAUAGAGGUGUAUUACCCAACUCCAAAAUCGAAGUUGCAGUGAAGAAAAUCUCCCAUGAGUCAAGACAAGGAAUGAGGGAAUUUGUUGUUGAGAUCGUUACCGUUGGUCACAUACGGCAUCGGAACCUAGUAACUCUCUUGGGGUACUGCCGGCGUAAAGAAGAACUCCUUUUGGUAUAUGAAUACAUGCCCAACGGAAGUUUGGAUAAGUUUCUCUUCGACCCAUUAAUGCCGGUGUUGAAUUGGAGUCAGAGGUUUCGAAUUAUUCGAGGUGUAGCAUCUGCACUGUUUUAUCUUCACGAAGAAUGGGAGAAGGUUGUGGUUCACAGAUAUGUGAAGUCCGGUAAUGUUCUAUUGGAUGGGGAAUUCAAUGCAAGAUUGGGAGAUUUUGGACUUGCCAGAUUGUAUGGCCAUGGAACUGAACCAUAUACAACGAACGUGGCUGGGACGCUGGGUUAUCUUGCACCUGAACUUUCAAGAACCGGCAAAGCCAGCACGAGCACAGAUGUGUUUGCAUUCGGGACUUUUAUGUUGGAAGUUGCUUGUGGGAGGAAGCCAAUAAAACCAAGAAUAUCGAAAGAUGAGGAAAUGGUGUUGGCGGAUUGGGUGUUCUCUUACUGGAGCAGGGGGGCAAUUCUUGACACAGUGGAUCCAAAAUUGGGAAUGAAUUACGUAGAGAGGGAAAUGAAGUUGGUGUUGAAUCUUGGAUUGCUUUGCUCUAAUUGGGUUCCAACAGCAAGGCCAACAACGAGACAAGUUGUGCACUUUUUGGAGGGAGAACUUCCUCUACCAGAUCUGUCAUCUCUUAGUCUGAGUGGUAAUGGUGUAACGCUGCUUGUGGAUGGCGAAGGCUUAGGUGAUUUUGCCGUGCCUAUAUCAACGCCAGUUUCUGAAUGGAUACUAUCUGGAGGACGUUGA